AUUCUGGAACAGAAUAACGUGGAUGUCCGUUGCACUGACAAAAAAGGUAACACGCCGCUGCAUUACGCGGCCAGAGCAGAUAAUCGCACAGCAAUGAGUCUGCUGCUCAAACGAGGAAGUUACAUUGGACACAUGAACAAGUUCAACAUACCGCCCCUUAUAGACAUCCCGGUGUGCACGUUGUCGGACUACUUCGACGACUGCUUGAAGGAGAUAAGCGAUCAAACGAACGAGGACGUAAUCGAGUUCGACUAUCGUUGCUUGAUGCCACAGAACGUUUUCGCGCAACAGGACACAACUCACCGGCCGACUCGCGAGAUGGAAGUGUUCCUGUACAUCGCACGUCACAAAAAUCUCAAGCAUCUGCUGAAACAUCCGUUGCUUUCGUCCUUUCUCUAUCUCAAGUGGCUCAAGAUACGGCACAUCUUGUACGCCAAUCUCGUCUUUUGUGGGAUUUUCCACAUUCUGCUGAAUGCCUAUAUUAUCUUGAGCAUGACUUAUGAAAAUUCUCCGAACGAUAGUGGAACGCCAAUAGCCAGUAAUAGUUUCGACAUAGCUUUGGGAAAUACUCUCCUAAUUCGCUGCUAUCCGGAGAGUAUUCUGCGGACCUGUGUUAUUGUAUAUUGGUUAUUUUUAACCAUUCUGGAGAUCUUCCAAUGCGCCUGCUGUCGUUACCGUUACGUGAUGGAUUGGGAGAACUGGCUACAGGUCGUGCUAAUUAUAUCCAUCUUCAUUUUGUUGUGUGGUGCAGGAUUAUGGAGUGGCGUCGUUGUAAUCAUAUUGUCCGCCGUGCAGAUGAUAACUCUGAUCACCCAACAUCCGAAAAUGUCCGCCAACUUUGAAAUGUUUUGGACAGUUUCUCUCGAUUACGUGUGUUUGCUGUUUCCAUAUAUGUUCCUCAUUGCCGCGUUUGCUCUGGCUUUCCAUAUACUUUUCAAGAGCAGCAUAAAUUUUUCCGAUCCCGGACAAUCGUUCUUCAAAACUAUCAUCAUGAUCACCGGCGAAUUCAAUUCUAACGAUAUUUCGUUUGUCUCAUAUCCCAUCUGCAGUCACAUUGUGUUCGUGCUGUUUGUCUUCCUCAUCGCCAUUGUAUUGCUUAAUCUGCUUAACGGUCUAGCAGUCAGUGAUAUCAAUGAAAUCUUGUCUAGAGCUGAACUGAUCGGACUCAUCUCCCGAGUACGCCUAAUCAUCUAUCUUGAAGACAUAGCAUUCGGCGAACCGUUAAAUUGGUUCAGCCACAGAAAAACGCGUUUUUUACGAUGGAAUCCUUUCAGCUUCUUCAUCAACAGAAUUCUUUUAUUUCCAUAUUAUUUAAAAAACGGUAAGAUUACCGUCGUGUGUGACGAUAUGGACAUUCACGACGACAGAUAUUACGUUCAUAACAAUUCGAUAAAUCGUGAUGAGCAUUGGCCUAUUAUGGAAAUGGAUCCUGAUAUAAUUCAACAAGCUAAACGUAUUAUUUCUGAUAAAAAUCAACUGUCAGAUCAU